AUGUUUCCAUAUCAUUUAUUCGUUGUUGAAAUUGCAUUUGAAAAUCCUAAUAUUUUAUUGGAUGAAACUGGAAUGCCAUGGAAAUUAAUUGGGGCAAAAUUAGAUGAUUUUAAUGAUCAUAAAUUUAAAAAUAAAUCUUCAACAAGCUCGGUAAUUCAAGAUGAUUUAGGGAUGUCAUUAAGUUGUUUAUCAUCUCUAAAACGAAAAUGUGAAGAUGAAAAUCAACAAAAUUUCAAAUCUUUAAAGGUUUCAAAUUCUUUAUCUUUGAAAUUGGCAAGAAUUCAUUUACUUCAUAAUAAGAACACCACUUUAGACAUGGAUGUUAUUACUGAUAAUAAUCAUAAUCAUAACUAUCACAGCGAUCACGAAGAUAAUAAAUUAAUCCAUGAACCAGCCAGACUUCAAUUGUUGCGUCGUAUAAUAUCAUAUCACAAUGAUAACGACCAUGAGAGUAAUUGGUGUCGUUCGUCUACCAGAACAACAACAAAUUGGUUCGAAUUACAAGCAAUAAAAAAAAACAUGACUAUACAGGAUUUUCAAAUGCAAUUUCAACAACGAAUAAAUGAUAUGGAAACAUCUUUAUUCGUUCUUCACAAUUCCCUUCCACGCUGUUAUAAUGAAAUCUUGCAUUUAACUGACAGAUUUUUGAUUAACGCUGAUUGGAUAAGGUGUGAUUAUUUUAAACCGUUCAUACAAAUGUUUCCUCAAUGGUCAACGUUGGGAAAAGGGUUUGAAAAUAUAGUACAAUAUGUUGAAAUUGUUGAAGACAUGAAAAUAACAGUCGAAUCAGAAUUUCCUCAAUUAAGUGAAGACAUAUCGUCAAAUUUGAAUCAAAUCCAAGAAGUCUUGGAAUUUAAAAGAUCUUUAUAUGGAGAUGUUAUAAAACAAUCAGGAUUGAGUUGGAAGGCAUUAGGAUUUCCAAUUGAUGAGAAUUGGUCUAAUUCAACUAAACAAUGGUUGUUAGGAUUAGCUUUCCACUUAGAAUUAGUUGGCUCAACAAAUACGAAAUUAUUAUUAUCCAGUAUCAUGCUAGCAACUUCAUAUGUCAAUUUGGGAUUGUCACAAAUUGAUAAAAUGGAGAGUAAAGUACGCAGUGUGGAAAUUAGAAUGAUGCAUAUUUGUGAGAAUAUUAAUUUUGAAAAAAAUUAUCUAAAAAUUAUUGAAAAUUUUGCAUCUGCGUUAGUAGAGACAGGAUUAAAAUUAUGCGAACAUAUCACUAGACCAAAAACAAAUACUAUCACAGGAAGUGAGAACUUUGUUUAUAUGUAUUCAGAAUUUGUAUUAAAGUUCGUUAGUAGGGUUAUUGAAUAUUUUGGAACAGAAAAAGAAUUUGAAAUAAGAAUGCAUCCUUUACUUGCUAGUUUAAAGAAAAAAUGA